AUCCACAGGAGCGGACGAGCUCGCGUUUCAUCUAGUUAGAAAACAGAGUGUGAUAUGGCGACGUCGCAAAGCUCAUGGCUCCUCAGACAUGCUUGUCCACUAGCGAUGCCAUGGACAAGAACAGGGAAUAAUAUAGGCCUCCAAGUGGCCAACAUCACCUACUGGAGAUGCAGUAAGAGAAGCACGCGCACCGGCCGGAGCGCCGCCGUUGCGGUUAGGCACGAAGAGGAGGGCACCGACGAUGAAUGGCUCAUGUACCUGGAGCCGGCGAAGCUAGAGGUGUUCGAUCAUCUGGAGCCUUGGGCGGAGGUGAAUGUGGUGCCGCUCCUUAAGCCCGCGGAGGUGGCAUGGCAGCCGACGGACUUGCUGCCGGACCUGGCGUCGCUGGGCGCCGACGGCUUUCACGCGGCGUGCUCCGAUAUCAACGCGCGCGCGGCCAGCCUGCCCGACGCGCACCUCGUCUGCCUCGUGGGGAACAUGGUGACGGAGGAGGCGCUGCCGACGUACCAGAGUAUACCCAACCGCUUCGAGGCCGUGCGCGACCUCACCGGCUCCAGCGGUACGGCCUGGGCACGCUGGAUCCGCGGCUGGUCAGCCGAGGAGAACCGCCACGGCGACGUGCUCAACAAGUACCUCUUCCUCUCCGGCCGCGUUGACAUGCGGCAGGUCAAGAGGACGAUCCACAACCUCAUCCAGUCCGGCAUGGUCAUGAACGCCGCGCGGAGCCCCUACCACGGCUUCAUCUACGUCGCCUUCCAGGAGCGCGCCACCUCCAUCUCCCAUGGCAACACGGCGCGGCGCGCCAAGGAGCAUGGCGACCUGUUGCUCGCGCGUAUAUGUGGCGCCAUCGCCGCCGACGAGAAGCGCCACGAGCUGGCCUACACGCGCAUCGUGGGGAAGCUGUUUGAGAUCGACCCAGAUGGCGCAGUGCGCGCACUGGCGUACAUGCUGCGUCGUCGGAUCAUCAUGCCGGCCUCCCUUAUGACUGACGGACGCGAUAGCGACCUCUUCACGCAAUACGGGGCCGUGGCACAGCAGGCCGGCAUUUACACUGCCUCCGACUACCGCAACAUUUUAGAGCAUCUCAUAAAUCAGUGGGGAGUGGAAGAGCUGGUGGCCGCCGGGCUCUCCGACGAGGGUAGGCGCGCGGGGGACUAUGUGUGCGCACUCCCACAAAAAAUCCGAAGGUUGGAGAAGAAGGCCCACGAACGUAAUGACAAGAAGGGCCAGCCCACAGCAUCCAUCCCAUUUAGUUGGAUCUUUGAUAGGCCCGUCAACAUUACCGUGGCCUAAUAAAAUUAUCUCUUACCCUAACAAUAUUUAAAUAAAUUUUACUAUGAAAAAACCCCCUCCAUUUCUCGAUGCUAUAUUUAGGAGGAAUUAAACAUUAUUCAUCUAUAGUUUGCCAUUGCAAAUGGCGCUGUCGAAAUUACUAUAUCAUACUGUUACAUUAGUAUUGUACUACAUAUUAUAAAAAG